AUGGCCUUCCAAGUAGUUACUCAAGGUCAGGGAGGGGCACGCCCGUCCCCGGAGGAAGCUCGACCACGUCCCAUCCGCAAUAUCCUCCUCAUUCUUCCAACUAUCUUCCACAGAGCUAUUCUGCCCUACGAGGAGUAUAUGCGCCAUUCCCACCUCCGGGACCCGCCGCCGAAGGCGGCAGCUCCGGACGGCUUUCGUCCACCCCCUUUGACCACAGUACCCAAGCCCUCACCGUUGACGGUAAGCCACGCGAGCGAGUAUUUAUUGCAUGCGGCUAUUGUCGUCGCCGCAAGUUCAAAUGUGACGGUGCUCGUCCUUGCACAACCUGCCAGCGCCACGGAGAGGAAUGCGUAUACGAUUCAUUGCCGACGCGACGGGGACCGGACAAAGAGCCACGCAUCCGCUCUCCUGCUGGUGUGCAGAGGCCUCGUCGGACCGGGUCUCGCAAGGAUGGGCGCGAUGAUCCCGACUACGAGCACGAUGGCACAGGUGCUCGGCCUUCGGGACAAACCUGAUAGGAUCGACAUCCGGACUGUCCAAUGGCGGUAA